CAAAUGUUUCUCCUCACCACCACUCAGCAAACAGAGCUGAGACUACGUGAGGACGAUGUUCAGUGUUUCCACCCAACAUCUCAUCUGACACUGGUCGGGAAGGUUUGAGGAUUUGACUUUCAAACACGAGGGGUUGAGAAGGAGCAGCGUGUGUCAUCUGGAAGAGUUUAACAGAAAACCACAAUGGCAACCCCUGAAGAUCUUUGGAACACUCUGCAGCACCUGAAAGGUGAAGAGUUCAAGCAGUUCAAGUGGCUCCUGAAGCAAAAUGACAUCUGUAAAGGUUUUUCAGCCAUCUCAGAGGCCAAGCUGGAAGAGGCAGACAGGCAGGACGUGGUGGAUCUGAUGGUGCAAAAAUAUAAGCUUCCUGGAGCUUUGGAGAUAACCAUGAAGAUUUUAGAAAAGAUCAGCAGGAAUGACCUGGUUCAGCGUUUGUCACACACCAGUUCAACACCAAAAGACCUCAAGAACCACAACACCGUUCCUUUUAACUGUGAUUAUGAAAGGAAGAAGGCCAAGCUGGUGGAGAUGAAGGCUGAAAUCAAGCUGAUGAUCCAGGAGAGACAGAUGAAGAUCUUGGAGAUCAAUCGCUCAGCAGAAUUCAGCAGUAAAUCUGCAGACAGUCAUAUUGAAGACAGUAUGCAGGUGUUUGCCGUUUUGCAGCAGUCUGUUGAGAGAAGUUUGGCUAAUCUCAUCGAGGCAAUUGAAGAAAAGCACAAAAAGACACAGAAACAGGCCCAAGGAUUCAUCCGAGAGCUGGAGAAGGAAAUCUCUGUGCUGACAAAGAGAGACGCUGAGAUGGACCAGCUCUCACGCAUUGAAGACCACCCUAACUUCCUGCAAAGCUUAUCGUCCCUGAAUGCAAUUCCAGCCACCAAGAGCUGGACGGAAGUCAGUGUCACUCCACCAUCAUAUGGGGGAAGUGUGGGCACAGCUAUGAAUCAGCUGGAGGAAAUACUCAAGAAAGAGAAGGAGAAAUUGUUUGCCAAGGCCAAGCUGAAGAGGGUCCAGCAGUAUGCAAAGGAUGUGACUCUAGAUCCUGAUACAGCAAAUUCCCACCUAAUUUUGUCUGACGAUGGGAAACAAGUUUACUGUGGUGAUGUAUCACAAAACCUUCCAGACAACCCAGAAAGAUUUAAUCCUGGUGUAAAUGUCUUAGGAAAGCAAAGUUUCUCUUCAGGAAGAUUUUACUAUGAGGUGCAGGUUAAAGGAAAGACUUCCUGGGAUUUAGGUGUCGUCAGAGAGUCGAUCAAUAGGAAGGGGUCGAUCACAGCAAGCCCCAAGAACGGCUACUGGACGAUAUGUUUAAGGGAAGGAGAUAAGUACAUAGCCUCUGCUGUCCAUCUCAGUGUAAAACAUCAGCCGAAGAAAGUAGGAGUGUUUGUGGAUUAUGAGAAGGGCUCAGUCUCGUUUUUUGAUGUAGAUUCUGCUGAUCUUAUCCACAGCCUUACUGACUGUUCCUUCACUGAGAAACUCUUCCCAUUCUUCAGUCCCAGUCGUCAUUGUGAUGGCAAAAACGCCACCCCUCUGAUCAUCUGUCCUGUUAAUUACACGGGUUAGAUUUGAUCAAUCAUCAGAGGGUUUCAUCAUAACCGUAGCCACAAAAAGUUACUCUGUGGCCAGCAAAUAUCCCCUGUAAGAGCAGCCCCUGUGACCACUGAAUUUAAUCACGUCUCUCUUGAGAAAGAGUGUGUCUCAAAUCGUAUUUUUUUUUUUUUUUUAAAAAAGCGAAUAGCAAAUGGACAGUAGUAGCCUGGUUCCAGACCAUAGACCCCGCCCACUCAACUGAGUAGGCUUGCAUCUCUGGUCUGGCAUACUUCAAUGAAUUUGCAAUUUAUCUCGUCCAAAAGAUGGAAGGACCA